AUGUCUCCAGGUAGCGCCACAGUCCCUCAAGGCUUCCCCGCGGAUUCCAUAGAUGAAGAUUCCCCUGUACUCGUUUCACCGCAGCUUCCAGCACAAACUGUACAGCCCGAGCCAACCGUCGAACAGACUGUAGAAAUUCCACCGCCGAAUGUUCACCCUGUUCAGUCACUUGAGCUGAGGUUGCGUUGGUUGGAAGCACUGCUUUACGGUGUAAAGCCAGAGAGUGCUGCGCCGUCGAGAGAUAGGACGUCGCGUCAUCCUAGAGGACCUUCGGUUUCUGGACCUAAUCAUGACAGGAGACACGGUCUCAAGAACGGGGAGACGUUGAUGCGAAGUGCAGAGGAAGUGAAGAGGAGAAUGGACAGUGUUGUGGAAGGAAACGAUGGACUCCGGCGGUUCGUUGAUCACUACGAACAGCAUGGACAUCUUCUUACACCCUCUUUCGCUCUCUCGGGAACCCUGCCCACUCCUCCCCCAACAUACCAGAAUAUGUCUUCGACCGAACUCGAAGCCUUCCUUGCAGAACUCGAACCUGAUAUACGUGCCGCCGACCGUGACAUGCGGGAGAUUGAGAUGCUGGAAAAGAAAGGAGUAACUGCCGCUGGUAAACUACCAGACUACGAACCUUUGAAACCACGGCUGGAGAAGCUCGUGGAGAGGCACCAGGAGAAUGCAAAAGCAGCAUCUGUCCUUGAGCGUCGCGUCGCGAGCCUCAUGCAUAGGUAUGCAAGCCAGGUGGACAACCUCUCAGAACUAUUCGUCGCGUGGGACGAAACUCUUCAAGACGCUGAAGAGAAAGUCGCACGUUUAGAACGCGACAAAGAGGAGCGUGUGCGCCUCGGAUAUGAGUGAGCUUGCGCGCGCCUUUGUAUCUUUAUUUUGUACGAGAUAUACCAUAAUUCG